UUUUUUUUUUUUUGUUUCAAACUUUCGCGCGUUUUUUGCAAAGUUGAACGCAUGAGCACUCGGACUCUUGCGCGCGACACCGACGCACUCCCUGGUGACAAUGGGAACGCGCGUCAUGCACAGCGCGCAUUUGCUGCGGCGCAGAGCGAGCCUGCACGCGCUGGCGUUCAAGACGGAGCAAGUUGCGUGCGCCGCGGCGUUCAGCCAACAACUAGCGCUUUGCACGGCCCGAGCGCGCAUUCGCUGCACACGCCGCAGAGUGAAACUGGGCACACUGUCACUCGAGUGUCAUUGGGCGCUGCCGCUGCUGCCGAGGCCGCUGCAAUGCGGCGGGUGAGCGACACUGCCAGUUGCUCCCAGUGGAGAGAGGCGGAUCUCGGCACAAGCGCCCAGAUUGCUCCAGUCCACGACAAUCCCUCGUCAGCAGCAUCGACAACAUCAACAACUACAGCAACAACAACACUGUCGCGUGGAAGCUUCCAACCGCAGCAUCGGACUGGUGUCGACGCCGCUUCAGUUCAGACAACCAGUUGUUCCACUUCCACGUCGACCGCUGCUUCAUCUCACAGAGAAGAAUCUGCAGCCAGUCUGACUGCUGCAGGGGCGGCUGCUGGAACAGACGUCCCGGAAACUGAGAACGAUGCAUUCGAUGAACAUGAGCGCGUCAUUCUCGCCAUUUCGUGGCGCAGUGGCAUGCUGGGCGCUGCCUACUAUGAUACAAAUACAAUGCAGCUUCAUGUCAUCAGCGAUGUUCGCGAUGCGAACGAUUUGUCCGUUCUGGAGAUGGUGUUUAUGCAAGUCAGCCCGGAUGUAGUUGUCAUUUCAACAAAUCAGGACGAGGAUGUCGUCGUCCGGCUUCGAGGGCUGAUGGCAACUGGCGUGGCAGGCGAAGGCAAGCCCGCUUGCACUCUGGAAAAGUUACCGGCUGGUGAUUUCGCUCCAGACCUGUGCAAACGUCGUCUCAUCCACGCCCAUUGCGCGAUGGUUCCACCGUAUCUUCGAGAUGAAGAACGCGAGGUGUUUAUUCAAUCCGCAGUCCCGUUCGAGAAUGUACAAAUGAUUCGAGCAGCUGGCGCUCUGGUUCGAUUCAUCGAGCUGCACCGUGUAGGUGUGGAGCUCGAGGACGCCCACGUCCGCGUGCCGAUUACAACCAUUGAAAUGACCUGCCUGGACCGCAUGAUGGCGAUGGAUGACAACGCGCUCAGUUCGUUGCAAAUUUUCCAAAAAGAGUCACACCCGGUGACUGGCAAGUUGGGCAAAAAUGGAGGGAAGGAGGGUCUUUCUCUGUUCGGGCUUGCAAAUCGCACCCGCACUAGCCUUGGCUCGGCGAAGCUCCGUCUAUGGUUUCUCAGACCGCUGGCCGAUUUGUCCGAGAUCCGUGAGCGACACAGAACAAUUGCCUUUCUUCUCAACCCAGAGCACGCCGAUACUCUCAAGGUGCUGACAGACUGUGUGAGACAAAUCAAGAACAUGGUGCGCAUCAUUGGAUUUAUGCAACGAUCCCAUGCGAGCCCCAGUGACUGGAAAGUUCUCUUCAAGUCCAUGUAUCACGCUGUGCAGCUCCAAACCGCGCUGAAAGCUUUGAACUCGGAUCUGCGUAUCUUUUCGGAGUUUGCCAGCUGCUUUGGCCCCGAUAUUCCAGAAACCAUUGCGCUGAUCAACAAGAUUAUUGACUUUGACCAGUCCAUUGUACAGCAGCGCUUUGUCGUGAAGGCCGCCAUCGACAACACGCUUGAUGAGAUGAAGCGAAUGUACCAAGGCCUUCCUGAUCUUAUGACGAACGUCGCUCUUGCCGAAAUGGACGACAAUGCCGAAAUCGACGAAUGCAAUGUUGUCUACUUUCCGCAAAUUGGGUACCUUGUGGCCGUACCGCGUCGUCCUACCAUGCGAAUGGAGAAGGACUUUGCCAUUACUGGCUUUGAUUUUCAGUUUGUGACGCAACAUUCAAUCCACUACAAGAGCCCUAGAACGCGGGAAAUGGAUCAGGAGUUGGGUGAUAUUCAUGGUGAUAUCAUCGAUCGCGAAACGGAUAUCAUGUACGGGCUGCAGAAGGAAGUGCUCAAGCGCACGCGUUCCGUCGCGAAAAUAAUGGAUCUUGUUGCUACUUUGGACUGUUUUCUUGCUCUAGCUUCCUUUGCCCGAGAGUACAACUACACUCAGCCUGUCAUGAUGGAAGAGAACGUUCUUGACAUUACGGGUGGCAGACACCCUCUCCAGGAACUGUGCGUGGAUACGUUCAUUCCCAACGACACUGACUUGAGUGUUCAAAGCGGACCAGUCCACAUCGUCACUGGCCCGAACGCCAGCGGAAAAUCAAUCUACCUCAAGCAGAUUGCCAUGAUCCAAUUUUUGGCCCAGGUCGGAAGCUUCGUUCCUGCAGAGCGAGCCGUUCUCGGAUGCGUGGACCGCAUAUUCACGCGCAUUCAUACACGCGAAUCAGUGUCCGUGGCUCGAUCGACCUUCAUGAUCGAUCUCAACCAAGUCGUGCUUGCCCUGCGUUUUGCCACCGCACGCUCUUUGGUAGUGAUUGACGAGUUUGGCAAAGGCACCUCGGCGGCUGAUGGGCUCGCUUUGCUCAGCGCCGUCGUGUCGGAGCUCGUGUCGCGUGGCGCUGCCUGCCCCAAGACGGUGAUUUCUACGCACUUUCACAAACUUUGCAUGCCGGGCCUCUUGCCUCCUGCCGCCAUUUCGGCAGGACUACUGAAGUUUUUCUGCCUUGAAGUUCUGGAGACUGUGGCUCCGCGCGAUGCGUUGGUCUCACCUCGGAAUGUUAAUUCAGAGCACACCAACACAAUCGAUGCAGAUGCAGAUGUAGCUCGCAAGCGAGCUUGCCUGGGAGGUGGCAAUCAGCAUUCAACUUUGCACGGCAACACGAACGACCUCGUCUUCCUCUACCGCGUUGUUUCUGGCACCGCCCAAAGCUCUUUUGGUUGUCGCAUUGCUGGAUUGGCCGGAGUUCCUCUGGCAGGUACCACACAACUCGAAACGACGUCUGCAUUGCUUCGCCCGUUCACCCCCCCCCUGACAAUUGUUUGGUAUCGUUUUUUAUUGGUGCCAGUUGUUGCUCGAGGAAUGCAAGUGACCGAUCUCCAUGCUCGUGGAGAUCGUGUGCAUCGUCUGGGCGAGACAGAAAGCGACGUCACUCGCCGAGCAGCUCACCGAGAAAUUGUUUCUUGCUUUCUCCAGUGCGAUUUGGCUGGUGGCGAGUCCCUCUCUGCCUUGCUUGGAGAUGUUGCACGACUUGCAUUGUGAUUUUAGUUCCGUGUCUAUGACGAGAUUUUGGCGCCAUGUUAAUCACAAAAAAAAAAAAAAAAAAAAAAA